AUGGCCGGGGGAGACGCGUCGACGGGGGCGGAGGUGGACGCGGGCUUUGAGUUCGCCUUUGACAACGAGACCUUCUCCGACAAGGUGCUACGCAUAGAGGUCGUCGCCGGCAGCGGCGACGCGGCCGGGCCGAGCGCCGGCGCCGCCAGCCGCAAGCGCCGCCGCGAGGGGGACGAAGGUGGGGAUGAAGAGGAUAUUGACACUUCUUGUACUGUGAUGGGUACACCGAUAAUACAAGUCAAGACCAUACAUGUCAGUUCGGUGAUCCUUGCUGCAAAAAGUUCUUUCUUUCUGAAGCUUUUCUCAAAUGGCAUGAAAGAAUCUGGUCAAACCCAGGCAACAGUUAGAGUUGCUGAUUCAGAGGAAAAGGCCUUCAUGGAGCUUUUAGGCUUUAUGUAUAGUGGAAAGUUGAUACCGACUGAGCCCACUCUUCUGCUUGAUAUCUUGAUGGCUGCUGACAAAUUUGAGGUUGUUUCUUGCAUGAAGCUCUGCGGUCAGCGGCUCAUAGACCUUCCCAUGAACCUAGAAUUGGCAGUGAGGUGCCUAGAUCUCCCAUGUUGCAUUUCAAUGGCAGAUGCCCUCCAAGAGGCAGCCCAGAAAUUCUUUGCUGAAAGUGAAAGGUACAAGAAAUUCCCGGAGUUCCAAGAUGAACUAAUGAGGGUCCCUUUCCUUGGGAUUAUGGCCAUCUUGACAAGGAAUGACCUUGAGGUUGCAUCUGAAGUAGCCGCCUAUGACUUUGUGAUCAGGUGGGCCUGUUCAUGGUACCCAGAUUCGGAGGAAAGUCGCAGGAUCUUGAGUUCUUUUUUAAUUCCAACAGUGAGUGUACACAAGGCCAAUGCCUUAUUGUCAGAUUUCAUACAAAGCAUGAAGAGUAUUCUGAAGCAGUAG